AUGUCGCAAAUCUCCGAUCUUGUCAAGGAUUCGAAGCUCCCUACCAGGCUCGAUGCAGGCUUUACAACGCACACUUUUCUCGAAUCAGCGUUAGUCACUGGUUGGCAUGGAAGACGUCGUGAGCAAGAGGAAGUGUGGAAGAAGAAGCGUGACCCUAGCAUUGGUAUAUUCGGUACUAUAUGGUUGGAAGAAUGCGUCAGUGAAGGCAAGCUCCGGGUUGUUAAGAAAGUGCGCAAGUUGGUCCCGGGGUCGAGGUCUAUAGAUUAUCAUCGCGAGUUAGAAAUCAUUGCUCAUUUCUCGCAGCAAAAGGUACCUAAGUAUGGUGGUUGCUUUGUGAGAGCACCGGGCUGGUUUGAGAGCACUGAGUAUAUGUUGAUCACAAUGGCAUAUUUUCUUCUCGGGGAUCUACAGAAGUAUAUGCCGCAGCUAUUUCGGGAAAGAGAAGCACGGCAGAUUACCUUCCAGCUUCUCGAGAGUCUUGACUUUAUACACGAAAACAGGUUCACCCAUGGUGACCUGAAGCCUAUGCUCCAGCCAUGA